GCGUGCCUGGUCUCUCUUUGCUUGGUUCAGCAGUGGGCGUGUCUUCGGCGGCUGUGGCAGGCGUCACGCUGUGGGGGCAGAACGAUUCCCGGAGAUGGAUGUUCGCGGCAACGGGCACGGUCUGCGCGAAGAGGAGAUCAACACGGUGGCGAUGGCGGUUACUGCUGUCGUCGUGAACACAAUGGGCGGCAUGUCGUCGUCCUCAAGCGACAUGCUGACGCAGCUCCGAAAACGAAGAGCGCUGUUGCAGCGCAUUGCCGAAGCGCCGGAUUGCGUGGCCACGUGUGAGGCAGUCGUCCAGUUGUGUGCCGCGCUUUCAUCUGGCGUUUUCCCGCGGCAGACCCCGCCUUGGUGGAUUAAACGACGGACUGGCGGAACAUGGGAGGAUCUCCGCCUCUGUGAUAACGCGACGGACGAGUACUACCGGCAGAAGUUGCGCAUGUCGAUGGCCAUGUUCAGGCAGAUCGUAGCCGCGUGCGCCGCGUACAUGGAGAAGAAGGUGACGCACUAUAGGAUGCCAUUGCCAGUGGAGCAGGUGAUCGCUUUUGCAUUGUACAGGUGGGCGUUAGGAGAGACGUACGAGAGCGGCACAUCAGCCUUCGACAUCGGCAGGGCAACUGACCACAGGUCGUCCGCGACGUCACUUCGGCGCUGCUGCAGGCAAGCUGGCGAGCUGUUCGAUGCACCUCCGGAGAAUCUGCCGCACGGUGUCGUCAUGCGAGGUUACCUGCUGGGCGACAACGGUUAUCCAGUUGCCUGUCCAUGGAUCGUGCAGCCGUACGGAGGAAUCGACCAAGAUCCUGACGAGGAGCGCAUCGACACGCGGCAGAAGGUGGUGCGUGGGUGUGUGGAGAGGGCAUUUGGUCGACUGAAGUGCAUGUGGUGUCUGUUCUUGCGCACCCACAAGACGAACCUAGAGACCUUGCCACAACAAUUUGUGGUCGUCUUCACUCUCCACAACAUCCUCCUCGACGAGGGGAUCAACUUCGAUGAGAACGUUUUGUGGGAGGUGGAUGAGAACGGCAUUCGGUGUAGAGUAGACUUAGCCACUGUGGGGAACGGCGCGGGCGGGCAGCGACGGAGCACGAAUGUGGACAGGGAGUUGUUGCGGGAUGCACUUCGAGACCGCCUAGCUCUGAUGUAGGACCGUGCGGACAGGAGGUGGAGGGGAAGGGGGGGGGGGGGGGGGGUUGGGGGGGGGGUGAUAGCACGUCGGUUGGUGCGAUCGGCAGGCGGGUGGAUUUGACACGUGGCCCGCGUCCAUUGGCGUCGCGCAAAGUCGCAGGGUCGAUUGUAUGGCGGCAUGGUUGUCGUAUGUGACUUCUUUUUUUGUUUUCGUCGUGUGGACGGUUGCGUGGUUCGUACAGUUGUACGAACGUUUGAUAUUGGAAGAUCCUUUUUUUUGUGUGUCUCUCUCGGUUGUUGUUUUUUUAAUUUAUCUUUUUUAUUUUUUUUUGUAAUUUGUUUUUUUUAUGUUAGUCUUCACAUCGCAUGUC